UGCAUCAUUGUUGUUAUUGUCCAUCGUGGUGCACGCAGCAUCAGUAGUACAUAUAUACUACUUACUCUACUGGCGAGAUGUCAAUGAAGAAAGAGUCGCCCUGGGACGUGCAACUGCACUUGGCGGCAGCUCGAGGGGACGCCAAGCGACUGCAGACCCUCUUGGACUCGGGUCGCGUCCACGUCGACUGCAAGGACAAGGACGGUACAACACCACUGAUUUUGGCAGCAGCCGGAGGACACUACGACGCCGUCGUCGAGCUGCUGCAGCAGGGAGCCGAUCCCAACGGCAAGAGACUGACAGGCACGACGCCCCUGUUUUUCGCCGCACAAGGUGGUUACACGGACAUCGUGAACGUCUUAUUGAAAAACGACGCGGUCGUCGACUCGUUCAGCAUCGACGGCAGUACGCCGCUUUUCGUUGCGUGCCAAUGCGGCCACCUGGACGUCGUAGAGGAUCUCAUUGCCAAGGGCGCCAACGUCAAUGCCCACAUGAAGGAUGGUGCGACGGUGCUCUUCAUCGCAGCGCAAAACGGCCACGUGAAAAUUUUGGAGCUACUCCUGGGCCGCGGGGCGAGAACCGAUGCCGCGCGAACGGACGGCGCGACGCCCCUGUGGAUAGCCGCUCAGAUGGGUCACGACCACGUGGUCAGGAGGCUCCUCAAAGCCGGCGCCAAAGUCGACUCCAAACGACACGAUGGCGCAACGCCUCUAUUCAAAGCCUCUCACAAAGGCCACACGGCCGUCGUCGGAGAAUUACUCAAGUACCUACCGAAUCUUGGAAUCCUUCCCAACGGGGAAAGUGCACUCCACGCCGCAGCGUUAUUGGGUCACAUGACGGUGACCCGUCAGUUGGUGGGCGCCGGAGCGGAUCCGCUGUUGGUUAAUCAGGAAGGGUUCACGCCACUACAGUUGGCUAUGAGGCACGCUCAGAACCAGGUUGCCAAUUACCUCAAGGACAAAAUCAGGUCAAGGACGACGGCACCCUGCUAACGAGCGCUCACGUGUCGUGCAGUUCAGCAUCUCUCCUCCCUCCUCGUUUGACGAAAUUACCUCUCGUUUUCAUCCGAACCCUCUUUUUACUUUUAAGAUGGAGUACAUUGUGAAUUUAAAUCUCGAGUAUGCGAGUGGUAUACGGUGCCCCAGAAUAGUGUUCUUACGUGCCUUGGUACCCUGAAAUGUGUGCGAUCGAGUUUACCCAUGAUCAGGUUAAUUCAAAAAGUUCGUUAAAAUUAUUUGGAUCACCCGAUUUUUUUUUUUUUUUUUUUUUUUUUUUUUUUUGCAUUGCUAGAGAAUUAUUUAGAAAUUUCGGACGAACUUGACAUCGUUUGGGUACUGAGGCACGAACUUGGAAGAUAUCCAAAUAUUCGUUGGCGUUAAGAGAGUCGUAUAGCUUAAGAAAAGGGAAUGGUGAAAUACAUAAUUAUAUUCGAUGAGGUUUUCAUUGACGUGCAAUGCGAAUGAUGAUUUUUUUUUUUCCUCCUAAUGUACAUACGUAGAGUUUUUGUUUUGUAAUAUACGACAGUUCCUUGUUAGGACAAACUUGAUAUUGUUAUGCGUUAGUCGAGCAACUAAUUGACCAAUCGUGUGUAAUCUUUGCUAAUGGUUUUCAUCAAAGAUACGUCCAUUAUAUAUUAAGAGAUGCUUAUUAUAUGUAUGUAUACACUAUUUAAUGUUUACCAAGGAUGAUAAUUGUUGACCAUUAUUUAUUUCAAUCAGCAGUCUGCAUUAUAAAAAAAAAAAAAAAAAAAAACUAUUGACAUUUUCGAUCGAAAGAAAGAAAUAAGCAUAUGCCAAAAUCAAUUUUAAGGUUUGUGGAAAUUUUAUAAGACUGACUGAUUUGCCUUACCGAGAGAAUUUUGAAACGUUAUCUUUAUGUGGGGAGCAAUGUAGAAGGCAUAAUAAUGAUAAUAAUUAUGAAUUAAGGAAAAUUUUUUUUAAACCCUUUGCAUGUGAUCGAUCGCUUAGUCUGUAAUUCUAUAGUUGUUUAUGAAAACAGUUUUUUUUUUUUUUUUUUUUUAACUAGUUAUAGGAAAUCGAAGAAUCCCUAAGUCCAUGAUACGUAAGUGCGAGUCUUCCUAGUGUGAAAUAUAUUACGAAACAAAAGUCUUGUUACUGUUAACCAAAAAUAUAUGACUACAAAUAUUGCAAAGGAUGAUAAAAGAAUAAAAUAAAAUUACAUUCAA